GAUCAAUCAACAAAGAGAAAGUUGCUGCUCAAGAAGCUGAAAACGGGAUGAUGAAAGUUCUUGAGAACAGAUCCUCAGUUAAGGCUGUGUUUGUAGGACACAACCAUGGACUAGACUGGUGCUGUCCGUACAAAGAUAAGCUCUGGCUUUGCUUUGCCAGACACACUGGUUAUGGUGGAUAUGGAAAUUGGCCAAGAGGAUCAAGGAUUUUGGAGAUUACUGAAAUGCCUUUUCGUAUCAAGUCCUGGAUUAGGAUGGAAGAUGGAUCUGUGCAUAGUGCAGUUAAUCUAACAUAUGAUUAGUCUAUUUUAAUUACAUAUGUCAAACUUUGUGAAGAUGAUAAUGCCGAAUUGUUGGUAAAUAUGGAUUAGAGGUGAUUCAAGAC